GGCCGGUCCGCGACGACUCCCCGGACGGCGUUUCUCCUCCGAGCAGCGCCAGUUUCGGCUUUGGGGGGGGCGGGGGUACAGCCCAUCCAUGACCAUGGGCGACAAGAAGAGCCCGACCAGGCCAAAAAGACAAGCGAAACCUGCCGCAGAUGAAGGCUUUUGGGAUUGUAGCGUCUGCACCUUCAGAAACAGCGCUGAAGCGUUUAAAUGCAGCAUCUGCGAUGUGAGGAAAGGCACCUCCACCAGAAAACCCCGGAUAAAUUCUCAGCUGGUUGCACAACAAGUGGCACAGCAGUACGCCACUCCCCCACCUCCCAAAAAGGAGAAGAAAGAGAAAGUUGAAAAGCAAGACAAAGAGAAGCCUGAGAAAGAUAAAGAAAUUAGCCCUAGUGUUACCAAGAAGAACACCAACAAGAAAACAAAACCAAAGUCUGAUAUUCUGAAAGACCCUCCUAGCGAAGCAAACAGCAUACAGUCUGCAAAUGCUACGACAAAGACCAGUGAAACCAAUCACACCUCAAGGCCCAGGCUGAAAAACGUCGACAGGAGCACUGCACAGCAGUUGGCAGUAACUGUGGGCAACGUCACCGUCAUUAUCACAGACUUUAAGGAAAAGACUCGUUCCUCGUCGACAUCCUCCUCCACAGUGACCUCCAGUGCGGGGUCAGAACAGCAGAACCAGAGCAGCUCGGGCUCGGAGAGCACAGACAAGGGCUCCUCCCGCUCCUCAACACCCAAGGGCGACAUGUCAGCCGUAAAUGAUGAAUCUUUCUGAAAUUGCACAUGGAAUUGUGAAAACUAUGAAUCAGGGUAUGAAAUUCAAAUCCUCCACCUGCCCAUGCUGCUUGCACCCCUGGAGAUUCUUCUGUGGACGUCGGCCUCUUAGUGACGCUGCCAGGAUAAGUGCUGCUCGCCAUGGGCACCUGGCCACCAAGGAAUUUCGCACCCUGACGAUUACUCUUGACACUUUUAUGUAUUCCAUUGUUUUAUAUGAUUUUCCUAACAAUCAUUUAUAAUUGGAUGUGCUCCUGAAUCUACUUUUUAUAAAAAAAAAAAAAAAAAAAUCUGCUGUGCACAAUUUUCCAUGUACAUUACAACUGGUUUUUUGUUUUUGUUUUGUUGGGGGGUGGGCUGGGGGGGGAGGGAACUUUUAUUUAUUGUGUUCACAAACUCCAUCUUUUCAGCAUAUCCUUUUAAGUUUAGUUCUUUCUUCCAGUUAUACUAUGUACUAUCAGUUUUGAUAUAACUAUAUAUAUAUAUAAAUAUAAAAUUAUAUAUAAAGGGUUAUUUGAAACCAAUCCAUGGCAACGCUGGUGCUUGAUACACUGUGAAGUGAACACAACAUUGAACAGUUACAGAUCUGGGACAGUCCCUUCUAUGAAAGUGCUGAAAUUAAAUUAAAGUCAGUCUUACAUGAAGUAUGUUCCAACCCACUUGGGAACUUGACCUCUCUCAUCUGUCUGAAGAGUACUGGAUGAUAUAAAAGUAAAUAUAUUUUUUAAACAAUGUGAUCUCAAAUUUAAAGACUGCUCCAGAUAGCCUGCAUUUGCAAUGGAAUAACUGACAAAUCGUAAGUGGUUUAGGGAGGGCUUUGAUCAUUCAAAAAUAACUAGCUCCAGAAUGCCAAGUAUUCAUGUAAAUUACGGUUCCAUGUUAACAUUGCUGUUCUUACAUAAGCAUUCAUGAAAAUACGGUAUUCUGUAACUCGAAUUCCAUCCAUUUUCCAGACCUCUACUCAUGUCUGAGGUGAAUCUGCAAACUCUGUCUUAGUUUUAGGGUUACAGCAGUCUCAACUGUGUGUUUUUGGUCCACACAGGAAGCAGUUCCUUGUUUCCACUUUCUAUGUGGCAUUGCAGAGGUGGUUUUUGGUAAUUAAAAUUUGUUCCCCUCAUGUCCUCUUGUCUCACCCCUUACCCUGCCAAUUCAGUGGUGAGAAUUAGUUCUUUCCUUUCUUGAAAUCGACCGUUGUUUGUUUUACUGAAGAAAGGUUAUCUACCACACAUCCAGUGCCGACAUGGAGCUUUUCAGUGUUGGGAGACAUUUCUCAGUUCCCUGCUGUGGGAAGAAACUCAAGUUGUGAAGGCUUAAGCGCCAGCAGCCAGCUUUGCGGAGAAAGCACAUGCUGAUGGCGACUGUGUGAUGUUUUUCUUCCUUGACAUGAAGAUGACUAAACUCUGAAGUUUCUUUUCAUUCUUUUUUACUGUCUUGCAAAAAACAAAGACCACUAUUGUGAUUCCACUCCUCCCCAUUUUUAAUUUCUGUUUUGUUUUGCAUUUAGGGGUCUCAUUUGACUUUUACAUUCAUAUACCCACAGAGUUCAAAGUACUUCAGUUAUUUCAAGCAUCGGGAUUUGAUACUAAUCUUUAAUUUGACAUCCUUCAGGAGCAUAGCAGGUUUGUAAUAAAGCACCACAUUUUGGUGUUAAAAACCUGGUUCAGGUAAAAAUAGAAGCAACUUCUGUCUGUGGAGGCAACAAGUAAAAAAAUUAACAGCUUGACUUGAGUAGCCAACAGGAAAGGUUCCUUUCACAUUUACAUUAAAACUAUUCUGUAGUCACUGAUACACCAUAAUUUAAAUUCUCUUCUCAAAAGGUAUAGAUGACAAAGCAGUGCCGUUUGUUGCUGUGGUCCUGUUCUCACAUGCAUGGACAAUGUUCCCCUCUUUUUAAAAGAGUGCUUGUGUCUGGGAUGCAAGCUGUGCUUACCUUUUUUAAAUACAUUUUUAAAGUAUUUAUUAAUGAACCAAAGGAAAUCAAAUGCUUUCUAUAAGCAUCAGAAUAUAUAAUACAUAGUGAUUUGACUAUGAAUUUUAAAUCCACAUUUUAAUAUUAGUGGGAUAUUGCAAAGACAUUCCUUCUAAAGUUUUAAUAUUCCGUUUAUUAAGGGUCUCAGGGACGGUAAAUUAGUCAGCCAUAUUUAUUUUCCAGAGGUAUAAGGAAUUGCUGUUUUUUAAUUAACUUUUCUAAAAAAAAAAUUUUAAAUGCCACCAAAUUCAUGUGGGUUGCACUGCUUUUUAAAUCAGUAAGUGUUGGUAUGCACCUUGUUCAGAAACACUGUGUACUUUUUCAAAAUUAGUUUCAUGUAAAGUGAUUGGACCCCUAGUUUAGUGGGAAAUGCUGACAACCAGCUACUCAUAGGCUGCUAAUUAAUUCAUUGCCCGUGUCUUGGUUUUUCAGUUUUGCCUCCAUUAAAAAUUAAAAAGAGUAAAGAGCGGGGGAGGGGUGAAGGAAGGAAGGAUUGCUCUAGAACAAAUGGAAGGAAACUGCCAUUUUGGUAGAACCUGCAGCUAACGGUAGAAGUUACCUAAGCAAUCAGAUGUUACUGGGCCAGCCCGUUAGCUGCUGUUGUGUAUUCUGUUGAGGCAGUGAGGCGGUAGGUACUUUAGACUCUUCUAAAGUUGAUGACAUCCCUCAGGCAUGUAUUCUGGAAAUGGAAUUCCUGUAACUUCCUGCGUUUGCAGUUUGCCCUACAAUAGUAGGCAGCACGUAAAAACACUAGUGUAGAUGAUAAAGAUUUAUAUUCAGAGAGGACCAGAAAUACUUGGUAUUCAGUGGCACAGACAGCAGGUUAAAAACAAAACAAAGCACAGUGUUACGCUUGCAAGUUUCCAUUUGUUUUAAUGCCGCAAGACCUUUCACACUUGUGCGUGCGUGCGCGCACAGAGCUUACCUGACUUGGUCUGCUUGAGUCAUUCAGUUUAAAAAAAAAAAAAAAAAGAUAAAGACGUCUUGACACCCACAAAGUACUUUAAUCAAAACCUUUCAGUUUCAAUUUGGAUAUUUAAAAACAUCGGCAGAAGCUUCUGUGAGUUUAGUUCCACUAAGAUGUUUCACCUGCCUUAUCAAGACCAUUCUCAGUCUACUUUUUUAAGCUACCGUAUCUUAAAUUAUUGAAAAUUUAUUAAUUGCUGAAUAUAUAAUAACCUUUGCUUGUAUGUAACCGAAAAUGGUUUAAGAGCCAACAUUUAGAGUAUGACAAUGGAGCUGAACAGUUUUUAAUGCGCAAGCAGUUCUGUUCUUGUGUAUGACUUGUAACCUUAAUUUACUGUGUAAAGAUGGUUACAUUAUUUCCUUAGCUUUGUUUGUUGGAGACAAAUAGAGAAUGCUUGUUAAGUAUGUCAAAACAUAAUCUUGUGAAUUUUUGUUCAUGUUAUUAUACGAGCUAUAUUUUUCAUUUGCCCAGAAAGACAGCUUGUAUAACGCUUUUUGGAAGUUUCUGCUCUGUAACGUCUUUAGAGCUGACAGUCUGUUAGGUUUGUUUUUUUCUUCAUGCUAAAAGUG